GUAACGUGAAUGAAAACAAUGAAGUACUUAGAUACUUUUUUAUCGUCUUCAUCUUAGAAACUUUCAUUCUCUGUUGUUCAACGGCAAUGGAGAAUUCAAACAAAAGAUCAGAAAGUUCGUCUAAGUGGUUACAUGCUCAUUAUGAUCCACUGGCAACAUUAUAUACUUUUUCUUCUUGCAUGUGUUUGGCUGAUCUUCAUGGUGAUGGCGAUUAUAAGCUAAUUGUCGCUGAUUUGGGUACCGGUACCCAUAAUAUGAAACUAAAAGUGUACAAAGGUACACAUCUCUUAUCAGAGCACACCAUUAUUGAUUUGCCAACUGGUGUUGUAUCUUUUCAUAUGGAUACAUGUGAUCCACGAUCUCCAGCAAUUGCUGUUGCAUCUGGUGCUCACAUAUACAUAUACAAGAAUAUGCGCCCAUUCUAUAAGUUUACCUUACCUGCUUCAAGUGUGUGCCCCUCAGAACUAGAAGCAUGGAAUCAAGCAAAAAAUGAAGAAAUUGACAUCAAUACGUUAAAAGAAUUUUUGGAAAAUAUCAGGGCUGAAGUUGGGGAAUCAUUUUUGACUGCAAGAUCACAAAGGUUUUUAAUGCUAGAUCAAGAUGAAUUGGAGGAGUUUUUUCAUUUGCAUAAGCAGUUCCCAUUAAAAAAGCAAACUGUUGUUACAUCAUUGAAUUCUAUGAAAAAAUCGAUGGCAGAAGAAGAUGCCGUAAGCUGUUUAGUUCUCGGAACUGAAAAUCAAAAUGUUUAUGUUUUAGAACCUGACGCCUUCACAAUUUUGUCAGCUAUGUCUGUGCCAAGUGUGCCUGUUUUUAUGGAUGUCAGCGGUUUAUUUGAUGUUGAAUUUAGGAUUAUUGUAGCUUGUCGUGAUGGCUGCCUUUAUACUUUGAAACGGGGAUAUAAGUCAGCUCGCUUCUGUGCAAAGUUGAAGUCACAAUGCGUUGGUUUACAAAGAGUCAACAAUAAUAUUAUCGUUGGAACCAUGGAUGACAUGCUGAGUAGCUAUAAUAAUAAGGGUAAAUGUCAAUGGAGCAUAAAACUUCCAAGUAAUAUGGUUACUUUAGAAUCACUGGACAUCAUGCAAAUGGGAAUUCGACUAGUUGCUGUGGCUCUGGGCAAUGGAACCGUUCAUUUUUAUCAAGACAAAUUUUUAGUAGAUGUUUUAGCAGCUGAAGACGUUGUAUCGGCUAUAAGGUUUGGGAGAUUUGGACGUGAAGAUAAUUCUUUAGUGAUGUGUAUGCGAGGUGGUGGAUUAUCAGUCAAAAUUUUGAAAAGAACAGCAAAAUUUGAAAGCCAAGAUAUUUCUGAAACAGUAAGAGAUUUGCAAAACACAAAGCUGAAUUUGCCAAAGAAAACCAAGUUAUUUGUUGACCAAACUAUGAGAGAAAGAGAACAUUCUAUAAUUAUGCACAGAGCUUUUCAGCAUGACUUGUAUCGUCUUCGUCUUACAACUGCUCGAUCAUAUGUAAAUGCCCUUACAUCUAGUCAAAAUCCAGUCUCCUACGGUGCAGUAGAUCCUCUGAAGUUAUCAGCACAAGUUCAAGGAUUAGGCCCUAAAUUUGUUCUUCAUCUAGAGUUGCAAAAUACUUCAAGAAAUAAACCAUCUGUAAAUCUAUUUCUCACUUUUCAUUGUGAUGCUCGCAUAUAUAAAAUACACAAAACUUACAUACCAAUAUCAUUUCUUGCUCCUGGUCUGCCUUAUAAUUUUGUUACUCCGGUAGAGUGUGUUAGUGAGAUGAAUGUAUCAGAUAUAAUCAAGGUUUUUGUUUUAAAGCAAGGACAAAGCAUUCCAAUAAUUACAGCUAUGAUAAACAUGCCAGUAAGUGAAUGCUUUCAAUCAGUGUAAUGUAAUCCAUAAAAUUAAGGUUUGUUGAAUUAUGUAUAUUAAAAUAUGUAUAUACAAUGAUAUGAUGAAUAAAGU